AUGGACAACAGCCCCCCUUCUGCAUUCCUAAGAAAGAUUACAAGGCAUCUGACCUUUCCACUUCUUGCUGUUACACUCCUGUCAUCAUUUGGGUCCUCCAUGCUGUAUGGCUUCAAUCUUGCUGUGGUAAACUCUCCAGCAGUGCACAUCAAAGCCUUCUACAAUGCAACAUGGUACCAACGCUAUGGGCAGGGCCUGGCACAAGGACCCCUCACUCUCAUGUACUCCCUGACUGUCUCUAUUUUUGCCCUGGGAGGCUUGGUGGGGUCAUUUCCUGUGGGAAUUCUGGUCACCCAAUAUGGGAGGAAUGGCACUUUGAUCCGUAGCAACUUCCUUGUUCUGUUGGCUGGCAUGUUAAUGGGAUUCAGCCGCUACUUGGGAUCCCCUGAAAUGGUCAUUUUGGGACGCUUCAUCAUAGGGAUUCAUUCUGGCAUCUGUCUCAGUGUGGUGCCCAUGUACCUAGGAGAAAUUGCCCCAAAGAACCUCCGGGGAUUCCUGGGCCUGGUUCCCAGCAUCUUCAUUUGUCUGGGUGUCUUUUCUGCCCAGGUCUUGGGCCUUCCAGAGUUCCUGGGAGAGGAUGCCUAUUGGCCUCUUUUCCUCUCUGUAGUGGUGGUUCCUGCUUUUCUGCAGCUCUUGCUACUGAAUUGGUUUCCUGAAAGCCCCCGUUACUUGCUUAUUGAGAAAAAUAAUGUCCAUGGAGCUGCUGAAGCAUUAAGCUUGUUCCUUGGUAAACAUAAUGUACAGGAUACCAUUAAGGAGAUAGAGGAAGAAAAACGUUCACUUGCCUCAGUGAAAGCUGUGUCUGUACUGCAGCUGCUCUCAGAUCCUUCUGUGCGAUGGCAAGUACUGUCUGUAGUAGUGAUCAACAUGGGAAUGCAGCUCUCUGGAAUUGAUGCGAUCUGGUUUUACACAAAUGCUAUAUUUGAGAAUGCUGGCGUUCCUGAUCCUGAUAUCCCUUACACUACCGUGGGCACUGGUGCUAUUGAGGUUGUUGCUGGCUUAAUAAGCUGUUUCACUAUUGAGAAGGUGGGACGUCGUUCUCUCCUCAUAGUUGGCUUCUGUUUUAUGGGCAUCUGUUGUGCUGGCAUCACCCUCUCCCUGGUGCUUCAGCCAAGUGUGUCCUGGAUGCGUUACAUCAGUGUGGCUUUUGUGAUUGGGAUCAUUGCAGGAUUUUGCAUGGGACCAGCUGGCGUCCCAUUUCUGAUGACAGCUGAACUCUUCAAGCAGUCACAUCGGCCAUCGGCUUAUAUUGUGGGUGGGUCCCUCAACUGGCUCUCGAACUUCACUGUCGGCUUUGUGUUUCCCUUCUUGCAGAUGUCAGCUGGUGCUUUCUGCUACCUGGUCUUCUGUGGUAUCUGCUUUCUGGUUGCACUAUAUGUGUAUUUCAUCAUCCCUGAGACUAAAAAUAAGACAUUUAUGGAAAUCAGCCAACUCUUCACCUCCUCUCGCCCGGCCUUCUUCUCUAACUUACCCAAUUCUUUCAAGAUGAUCAAGUUAAAUGGCUAUGGAGCCCUGGAGAACAGCUCCUUGGAAUUAUCUGGAUCAGGAUCGAAUCUCCCAUGA